AAUAUCUCAGAUCAUAGUGGGGAUAUUGUCUGAGCGAGCCUUAGUUUUCUGUGUGGCGUUGUGUUGGCUGUUGGUAGGUAACUCACGAUGCUUCCCCUGCAAGUCUCGUUAGUCAAAGAAAGACCUUCUCGUUUAGGAUACGAUGACCAAUUCCAUUGGGCAUAAGGUCCCAAAAAGGUGAACUCACUAAAGUAUUUCGGUGGAGGAGCUUCUCUGGUUGGAAGUUUCUGUUCAAUCUUUUGCAGGACGUCGGGGACUCCAAAGGCACUAGCGCUGGUGAUCCAACCCAGGGCGACGGCAAUGAUUGCCGAUACUCUCAUAUUAAAUCCGUAGUCUGUCUGCCUGGAAGAAUGUCACUACACGUGGUCGUUAGGACUCGAUGGUCAACGCGUAUAGUCAGUUUAGGUUGGUUACGUGGACUGUGUGAUGUUUCUGGAGAUCUGCAGGGGUAGAGGCUCGCUCGCUCGUAGGCUGGCUCGUAACUUGAAAGGGGGCGUGCGGCAAUGACGUUGAGAGAGCCACUGUAACUAAAAGCCAGUGAGGGAUUACCUGAAUCGAAGCAUUAGAGUAUCACUUGAGCUAGAAAGUACAAGAGAAAGAGGGUGCGCCGCUUAAGUGUAGAGAAUGAUUAGAUUAAAGUCUGCACGAUUCAGUGAGCGUACAAACAAUUGUUUGAUCUUCCAUACUGAGGUGUCCGCGGGGCCCCCGGUUCCAGCACAUCCGAUGUUAGGUCCGCGUCACCAGCUCAAAUCAUAUCGAUAAGACGAACUGUCUCUAUCUCUCAAUACAUCGCAACAAUUUAUAUAAAUUAUAUCAACCUCUUUCUAGGCAUCAAUGAGGCGCACGUGUCCGGAAAUGGAUGUAGAUGUGGCUUAAAAUGCUUCUUCAUGCCUUGUAAAUGCUGUCGCUGACACUGACGCAAGCUCAAAUGCCCCAGACACGUUUUAAGGUUGCCCAGUCUAGACUGCUCGUCUCCACCUCCUCCUCCGUCCAUCGCAUCGCCAAGCUGAAGCUCAGCUGCCUAAGCUCCCUCAUCUUCAACCUCCACUAGCCUUAUACCCGGCUACUUGUCAUCUUCAACCCCUCCCAUCAACCAGCAAUUCCACCUCGCAUCUCGUAUUCUCUUUCUCCAGAGUCGCUCGCCGCAAACACACCAACGGCCGAUACCUCCUUUUCCCGCCCUUGACAAUGGGCGCGUGGAACCUCUUCCGUGUCCUGGGCGACUUGUCCCACGCCCUCUCCAAAUGCAUCCUCAUCUUCGCUAUCCAUCGCAAUCGAAGCGCUGAGGGCGUCUCCCUCAUCACGCAGAUCCUCUACGCCCUCGUCUUCUGCACACGUUACCUCGACCUCUUCAUCGAGACGGUACCAUGGAACAUCGUGUUCAAGAUCUUCUACAUCAUCUCGUCUAUCUACAUCCUUGCUAUUAUGCAAUGGAUCUACCCUCGAUCGCGUGAGCGUGAGAUUGCUUGGAAGAUUGGCGCCAUCAUCCUCGGUGGCUCGUUUGUCUUGUCUCCAUUCGUCAUGCUCAUCUUUGAGAGCCACAAGGGUUUCCGACCUUGGAUGUGGGUGUUCUCCCAGAUCCUCGAGUCCGUCUGCGUUCUCCCCCAGCUUCUCCUCCUUCGACAAACAACCGUCCCCACCGUUAUCGACUCCUUCUACCUCGUCGCUCUCGGCUCCUACCGCGCCCUCUACUGCGUCAACUGGUUCAUCCGCGAAUUCGAGAUCUCCGGCAAGAAGCCCAAUACCGUCUCCGUCAUCUUCGGCAUCAUCCAGACUGCCCUAUACAUCGACUUUGCUUGGGUUUACUACACCCGCCAGCGCGUCAAGCUUCGCGGUGGCGGCAUUGUCGACGCCGAUGAUAUGUCCCGCGGAUGGCUCCUCCGCCGAAUCUUCGGAAAGCGCUUCGAGAACAACGAUGAUGACGAGGAGAGUGGCCCUGGUGGAUUUGAAGAUGAGCAAGGUGGCCGACGAGGAGCUCGUCCCAAGUGGGGAGCCCGCGGUAUCUCAGUCAGUGCCGAUGACGGCGUUCUCGAGCAGGACCGACACAACCGUGACCAGGACGAGUUCGGUGGCCCAGUCGACCCUGACGCCAAGAUGCAAGACCCCGAUGAGCUUGCGCGAGCACUCGACGAUGACGACGAUGAGCAAACACCACUGCGACCUGGACAAACAGAAGGCCAGCCCAGCGGUCUUCAAGGCGGCGAGGGUUGGCGCGACUAAGGUACCAAGCUUCCACGCCAAACUACAGCUUACAUCACUUUUACGAACGCGAGUAUGAACUCGGACGGAGUAUGACGGAUUGUUUAUUUGGAAUAUCUUGAAAGGGCUACUGCAUUGCCAUUUUAGUGCGAUGUUUGAUGUGACGCGUUGCAUGGAACUGCGUUAGAAGAGAGGGAGAGUUAUUCUGGCCACGAUGCGCUAGCAGUGUUUCUAGGGGUAUUCAUGGGUCAAAUUUAUGUACAUAUAGCGGAAUUCUCACAAUGUCAAUCUCAAGUCGACAUGAAUUGUAAUUCGAUCACUCUAAGGUCGUGCAUGUCACAUUUGCGAUUUGAAUCAAAGAAGGGGUCGAUGUGUGGAUAUCAUUCAGGCAAUAACCAUGCCCAUUCCUGCGCUCAAAACCGGUGCAGUUGUGUUGAGACAAUCCCAUCCCUUUCCACCAUCGCCACCAUGUCCUCCAAGGACAACCAACGAGCAGCUCCCAACAGUUCGCGCCAUCUGACAAGGAAUCUUUCCAGUCCUGUCUUUUGCAACUCCCAUCAGCAGCAUCCCAAGCCGCGAGAAUAAAACUCCUAUAAUAACAAAAUACAAAAGCUAAACCGUAGCGAAUGGAAAGAAAAAGUCAUAUACUAGUAAUAACAUAAACGUCUUGAAACCAUAGGGUAUUUCCUUCAAUGGACGAAGCGCUUCUCGAACUCUGCAAAUAGCUUUGGGGUGAUUUCAUCGCUGCUCAUGCCCUCAAUCUCGACAAGGACGCCCUUCUGGGCGUAGUGGUUCAGGACAGGCUCGCUGGUCUCUUGGAACUUCUUGUAUCGUGCUCUGUAAACUUCCUCGGAAUCAUCGGGGCGCUGGAUUAAUCGCUCGCCGGUGACGUCGUCGAUUCCGGGGACUCGAGGCGCAUUGAAGCUGGUGUUGUAGACUCGGCCCGAAGGCUCGUGGACCCAACGUCCGAGGAUUCGCUCGAGAAUAACAGAUACGGGGGUCUUGAGCGAGACUACGAGAUUGAUCGGGAUAAGCUUGUCGAGAGGGCCGACUUGGGAAGCUGUUCGAGGGAAACCAUCGAGAAUGAACGAAGCGGAUGGGUCGUUGGAGGCCUUGGAAGGACGGUGGCCGUCGAGGAACGGAGCGUUGAUGAACGGAUCAGAAGCAGCGCUAUUGAAAGAAGCCUCCAUCGCCGUCGCUUCAGAAGAAAGAGUCAUGACGUUCGGACCACCAUUCUUCGCAAGCCAGCCUCGAGUGAAGAAUUCGUUGGAAAUAAGUCGCAGAAUAAGGUCAUCAGCAACAAGACCACCCGACUUCAUCGUAUUCUCGACCUUGAUGCCUGUCUCAUUAUUAGCAUUCGCCUAGAUGCUCCAAUUGAGGGGAAAUCUACCGAGGGGUGUCCUCUCCUUGACAUUCCGACGCAAGAGAUCACCAGUACUGAUCUGAUUGAGCUGAGGAAAGCGAGCGAGCAAUCGCUCGCUCUGGGUCCCUUUACCAACGCCAGGUGCACCAAAGAGGAUGACGCGAGCGGCCUUGUUCAGGUUCAUUCUAGGCGACCUGUAACGAUUGAGGCCGUCGCGAGUUGAAACAAUUGAGGAAAGUUUAGCGUCGGAACAGAAGGAGAAAAAAGCUGCGCUUCUAUGCGAUAGAUAAAAACAAGGUCGUAGGUGCGGAUCCAAAAAGUCGUUCGAGGUUUAAUUUCUUGUUGAGGGUCGAUGGGACGAUACUUUCGGAGAUGGCGCGGGGAGAUUGUUGAGUUCGGAAAAAAAGCAACGGCGGGGAGAGUGUAUAAGAGGAUAAAGAGGUUGAGGGAGAGGAAAUGAUGGAAUAAGCAGCCACGGGAUUACAAAACAACAGUGAGCGAUGGAUUUGAUUUAUAACCAAGAAAGAGGGAACGACGAG